AUGAAACUCACUCCAGGUGCUCUUAUAGAUGCCCCCAAGUACUACAACAACAUCGGGAAUGGAACUCACAAUACAGAAAUGACUGUAGUUCUGCGAGACCUUCAAUUGGAAAAUGAUAAUGAAGCGAUGCCCGCCGUGAUACGAAAGUAUCUGCCGAGUGCAACGCAAAUUCUAGACUUGACCAAUAAUGACCUCACGGCUAUUCCAGAUCUGCGAGCCAAAACAAGUAUUACAACAUUGUUGUUGUCCAGAAAUCGAAUCCAUGGUAUUGAUGGCAGCUCGCUGCCACGGCAUCUGCGCAGUCUGGUUUUGGCCAAUAAUGGAAUUUCAAAACUCGGAGACCUCCAAGGGUUACGCAAAAGUCCCAGAACUCUUCGAAACCUGGUUUUGCGAGGAAAUCAGGUAUGUUAUCUCGAAAAUUAUCGGCUUUAUACGCUUUCCUUGGUACCACAACUGCAGACACUUGAUUUCUCCAAAAUCAGCGACGAUGAGCGCCAGAAAGCACGUCUUUUCAAAUCAGCAGAUUUGAGUAAAGAGACCGGGGUCAAUCAGCAGGCAGACCAAAGGGCCAAGACUCCUCGUGACAAAGACGGUGAGGUAAUGAGUGUUGUUCUGGAAAAGAUGGAUACAGACGUUCGUGAGAAACUAAAAGAACAGCUAGCUAACGCUGCAACACUGGAAGAAAUGGAAAGAAUCGAAAAAAUUCUAACCGGAGGCUUAUAA